AUGGGGCUUCACCACCUGAUGAUCGGGACAUGGACUCCUCCAGGGGCCAUCUUCACCGUGCAGUUCGACGACGAGAAGCUCGAGCUGAAACUCAUCAAGAGGACUGAGAUUCCCGAGGACGAGCCAAUAUCAUGGAUGACCUUCGACCACCAAAAAAAGAACCUCUACGGGUCCGCCAUGAAGAAGUGGUCCAGCUUCGCGGUCAAGAGCCCGACUGAGAUCAUCCACGAGGCCUCACACCCAAUGGGCGGAGACCCCAAAGCAAACGACGCCACGACCAACACGCGCGCCAUCUUCCUUCUAGCAGCCAAGAAGCCGCCCUACAACGUCUACGCGAACCCCUUCUACAACCACGCGGGCUACGGCAACGUCUUCACCGUCUCGCCGACCGGCGCCCUCGCCGCCAACUCCCAGAACUACCCCUACCAGCCCAACACGGGCAUCCACGGCACCGUCUUCGACCCGGACGAGUCGCACCUGUACUCGGCCGACCUGACGGCCAACAAGCUGUGGUGCCACCGCAAGGACCCGGCCACGGGCGAGCUCGCCCUCGUCGGCAGCGUCGACGCCCCGGACCCGGGCGACCACCCGCGCUGGGUCGCCAUGCACCCCACGGGCAACUACCUCUACGCCCUGAUGGAGGCCGGCAACCGCCUCUACGAGUACGUCAUCGACCCGGCCACGCGCAUGCCCGUCUACACGCACCACUCGUGGCCGCUGAUCCCGCCCGGGACGGAACCCACCAAGGACCCGGCCACGGGGAAGGGCCUGUACCGCUCCGACGUGUGCGCGCUCAGCUCCUCGGGGAAGUACCUGUUCGCCACGGCCCGCGCCAACAAGUUCGACCUGACGGGGUACAUCGCCGCCUUCCGGCUGCGCGACUGCGGCAGCAUCGAGACGCAGAUCUGCCUCAACCCCACGCCCACGUCCGGGGGCCACUCCAACGCCGUCGCCCCCUGCGACUGGAGCGACGAGUGGCUCGCCCUCACCGACGACCAGGAGGGCUGGGUCGAGAUUUACCGGUGGAAGGACGAGUUCCUCGUGCGCGUCGCCAGGACGCGCAUCCAGGAGCCCGGGUUUGGGAUGAAUGCUAUUUGGUAUGAUUAG